GAGAGAGAGAGAGAGAGAGAGAAAGACGCACAACAAACGAGUACAUAUCGAGAUAGAGAGAGCAAGGAACAUUCACAUCGGUGCCCCCGUCAACCUCUUCGCUCGUGCUGUAAGAACGCCGACCCGGAAGCUGUGAACCUGAUCGCCGGCGAGUGAUACGCCUGACGACGAGAGAGUCACGCCAGCGCUCUGCCAUCAUGCUGUACCAGAUGAACAUACGCAUGCGCUGGCGACGCAUUGCUCUCGUGCUCGUCUACGUCGCCAUGUUCGGCGCGUUUGUCAUCGUGAGCGACUCGCAAAUAGAGAAGAGCUACUACGACGUCGCCAACGGCCAGCCGAACAGCAGCAACGCGUCGGCGGCGGAACGGCACCAGGGAGCGCCGGCGUCGCUUACGACGAUGUCGACGGCGGAACGGCACCAGGGGGCGCCGGCGUCGCUUACGACGGUGUCGGCGGCGCGCUCGGGAGCAUCCAGGUGUCCGGUGCGCUUUCCCAGCUUCGUCGACGUCAGGAUGAACAAUUUCAUGUGGCAGCGCGUGCACGAGAUGGACAUCUUUCUCUACGCUGCUUACUACGACGGCCGACAGGUGGCGACACGCGGCCAGCGGUUCGUGCGCGUGCUCGGUAUGAAGGACAUCUGCGCUCUGCCGCCGAUGUACUGUCAGCUGUGGUACGAAGGCGAGCGCGCGCCCCACGUCGUCAAGGCGAGCCAGCAGUGGCUCUGGUUCAACUGCAAGGAGGCGAUAGUGCCGAACGAGUACCACGCGAUCAUGUACACGUGCCGACUGCCGCGUCGGCGCGGCGCCGUCCUACCUAGAUUCGUUAGCGUCGCGCCGCUGCCGUGCACGCCGGCGACGAACGCGCUCGCCGUGAGCGGCCGCGAGCCGCCGCCGGGGGGCGCCGCCGCGCGGCAGGACUUCGGCGUCUGCGUGAAGGGGCUGAACUUUCUCGACGCCGACAUCAGCGAGCGACUCGUCGAGUGGAUCGAGAUGCAUCGUCUGCUUGGCGCGCAGAAGAUCUUCUUCUACAAGUACGACGUGACGCCGGCGAUGGACGCAGUGCUGCGUCACUACGAGCGCGUCGGCGUCGUCGACGUCACGCCGCUGACGCUGCCCGGCGCGCAUCCGAACGAGCCGCGCAUGCGCAGCAUGUUCGUCAGCAACAACUCGUGGCAGGCGUGGCUCAUGGAAGUGUUCGUCUACACGGACUGCCUCUACCGGAACAUCAACACGUACCGCUACCUGGCGGUGGUCGACAUCGACGAGAUCAUCGUGCCGCGGCGCGGCAUGACGUGGCAGACGAUCAUGGCGGCGAUACGCGAGUCGGAGCCGAACAUCGACCGCUACGCGUCCUACACGUUCCGCAACGAGUACUUCCUCGACCAGUUCUUCGUGGCGCCGAGCGAUCGCUUCCCGCCUUUCAUGCACGCGCUGCAGCACGUCAACCGCUCGGCGAAGCUGUCGCCGAAGGGCGAGGACAUCAAGUCGUUCGUGAACACGCAGGGUGCGCUCAGCGUCCACAAUCACUGGCCGCUGCAGCUGCUGCCAGGCUACGAGCCCGUCACGUACUGGGUGGACGAGUCGGUGGCGCGCAUGCAGCACUACCGCAGCACGUGCUCGACGGUGAACGAGACUGCGUGCGACCCAUCGUACACGGGCGACGUCGUCACGGACACGACCAUAUGGAAGUACGCGGAGCCACUGGUUCAGAAUGCGCUGCGUGCGACGGAGGCUGUGAAUAAUAUUCUAGCGACCGAGUGACGAAUGAAUCAGGAACGGCGCAAGAUGUGAGAUAGAGAGAGAGGGGGGAGAGAGAGAGGGGGGAAAGAGAGAGGGAGAGAGAGAGGGGGGGAGA